GAAAAGGCAGAAGCUUGAGAACAGAGAAGUCUUAAGAACAGAAAUGUUUGGACUUAGGAAUGGGCUAGUGAACCAACAGGGAUAGGUCUGGACUUGAGAUCUUCUUGGUAUAGAGCAGUGGUGGUGAACCACUUUUAGCACAGAAUGGCUGAUUUGCUUAUGUGUGAGCCAACAAUGCUUUACAAUAUCUUGAAUCAGGAAAUAAAGCACUCCAGAUUAGCAGAGACAAACUAUCUCUAUUUACUAGAUGUCCGUUCCAAACGGGAGUAUAACGAAAGCCACAUCAUCACAGCCCAGAGGAUGAAGAAGAAAGACAAUGACUAUGUUAUUCCCCAGUCAAUGGAUCUGGAGUGUGUAAAGUAUUGCAUCGUUUAUGAUGGAAAAACAAAUGCCUUGGACGUGAAUUUCGAAGUACGGGAAAAAGAUUCUGACUCUGAAGAUGAUGAAGUGUCUUAUGUGAUGGGGUCUGCUGUAUUGUGUGCCAGGAUCUUGGCAGAGUUUACUCGCCAUCCUGUCUACAUUCUAGAUGGGGGUUAUGAGUGUUUCUCAGCUCAUUAUCAUUUCUUCAGGACUCAGAAGAUUUUCUCAAUGCCUCAGGAACUGGAUGCAUUUGAGCCAUAUCCUAUAGAGGUAGUGCCAGGAGAGGUAUACCUGGGAACAGUCAAACAGGCCUGCAAUCCUCAAAUGCAUAAAGAUCUGAAAAUCAAAGCGCACGUCAAUGUAGGCUUGGAAACCACACCCUAUUUUCAGGGAGACACCUGUAGACUUCUUCAAAUUUCAGUGACCGACUCCCCAGAAGAGGAUCUUUUCUCCUCUUUCCGGCAUACUUCUCAUUUCAUGGAUGCCCACGUGGAGCGUCGCUCGGUCAUCCUUGUUUUCUCUACCAGGGGAAUUAGUCGAAGCUGUACAGUGAUGCUGGCUUAUCUCAUGCAUCGAAACAGAGAAUCCUUAAAGAGAUCCUGGGCCCAUUUGCAGCGCUGCAAAAACAACAUUCGACCCCUCAGAAGCUUUGUCAAGCAGCUGAUAGAAUGGGAGAAGGUGAUCCAUGGAGCUGAAAUCACCGAUGUCAAGGAUCCCCGUUUCUAACCGUCCCCCAACUUCCAGAAAAACAAAGCCUUCGAUUUCUUCCCUUCCAA